CAUUUUCCCUCGGGAAUAGCGAAUUUCGCGUGCGAGCGACGCUAACUCCGCUUUCUUCGCCUGGCUGAUUGCUCUUUCACCACGGCUAGCUUAGUGGUGAGUGCUGUAGCUACUAAACCUCCAAGCUAUCAAAUCUAUCAGCACCCUGAAUUCCGGUGCUGUACGUUUUGUCCCGAAGCUUCCUGAUUCUCGUGUCUCGCAAUUCAUGACAGUACUGCUCUCUUGAGGAAGUUGCUCCCGAAGUAAGGUGUCCUCGUAGGGAUUCGCUCCUUACAGAGCACUCUCCUCCCAGCCGCUGUUUCGGAACGAAGUUCUUAAUGAUGGGGAGCUACGUCGACUCGGAGCAGUCGCCACCCGUCGCCGCGGGACUCAUAGGCGGUCGCUACCUCCGCCUGCGAAAAAUUGGAACCGGGUCGCAGGGCGACGUAUGGGAGUGCGAGGACAUUCGCACGUCGCUCCGCGUCGCAUGCAAGUCAUUCUCCCCCUCUAUCCGACGAACCAGAUCCUCCGUCGCCGUCCUCGAUAUAGACGCGGAGAUGCGCGCGCUACAAACCCUCGGCGGGCACCCGAACGUCGUACGCCUUAUAGACUUCUUCGUCGAACCGACAGCCGUCCAUAUUGUAAUGGAGCUCGUACAGGGCGGCGAUCUGUGCACCGAGAUUUGCGAGAACGGGCCGCUGCCGGAGCCGCUGGCUGCUACAGUGCUGCGGCAGCUCGCAUCCGCUGUCGCUUUCUGUCACGCGAACGGGGUCGUGCAUCGCGAUAUAAAGCCCGAAAACGUGCUUCUGGUGCGGCCGACGCAGGAGCAGCAGCAGCAGCAACAACAACAGCCCCUAAAUGUGUGUCCGUCACCCACGUUUCUUACGCCAGAGUCAAGGGAGAAUGUUUUCCGUGCAGGGGGCUGCGAUGACGACCAGAAGGAAAGCAUUUCUUUGGACGCUGUUUUAAGAAACAGGACGAAUGUUGCAGCGCGCUUAUCGAAUCAAAGUCCUGUAACGGAGCGGAGCUGCCAAGAAUGGAGCUACGACGCAUCUUCGAGGAAUCUUCCUCACGCAGCAGCCAUCGAUAAAGCCUGCGGCUCCGUUAUAAGCAGUCCCGUUCGUCCAUCCGUGUUUUCUCGCUUCCGGAAUUUCAGGACCCAGCCGACCCACGUGGGUGCAGGGCGGCAAAUAGUGGGCGUGAAGCUGGCGGAUUUCGCGCUCUCGACGACCGUGGAUGGGGGAAUGGCGGGGCAGAAGCACGGGAGGGGCGCGGGAACGCGCAUGUACAUGGCUCCGGAAAUGAAGGAGAGGGGCUCUAGAGAGAGGAGAAGCGGAGGGAGGAGUGGAGGGAGGAGAAGUGGGGAGACAGUCGGGGGAGAGAAGAGUGGGUUGAGGGCAAUUGCUGCGGAGGUGCUGCAAAAUGGUGGUGGGGAAGGGGAUGUUUGGGAGAGGAAUAGGGAGAGGAUUGGGGAGAAGAAUGCUGAAGGAGGAGGAGGUAUGAGGUGCUAUGGGUGCAAGGCGGACGUAUGGAGCUUAGGAGUGACUCUCUGCGUGGUUCUGACUGGGCUCAUACCGGCUUUCGACCAAUCAGGCUGCUUGGAUUUCGCUGCCCCAGUCUGGAGAAGGAUUUCCUGGGCAGCAAAGGAUCUGGUCCGUAAGAUGUUGCAGGUGGACCCGAAUCAACGGCUGAGCUCGUUUGAGGUGCUGGAGCACCCGUGGCUGAACCAGAAGGCGGUUCGGUUGAGAGACAUUGCGACUCGGUGCCCGAACCUGCUCUCGCCUUCGCUUCCUGUCGCUGCCCCUGCUGCCGUUACGCUGAGGGCUUGACACAUGCUCUCACACCUCCGCUCCCCUUGCAAGCUUCCCCGUACCCUUAGCACCUGGUGUGAUUUGAGUCGGACUCGAGACAGUCAGAAGACCGUCCGGUUGAGAGACAUUGGUAGUCUGUGUUUACACCAGCUCUCUCUUCUGCUCCCUGCCCCCAAUGCUGUGACACUAAGGGCCUGUCUUGCCCUCACCCACACUCCCCCCCCCCCCACGCGCCAUCACUGUUCCAGUGAACCUGAGUGCCUGACUAUGCUUUGGCUGGGGUCAAAAUGGUGGAGUUGAUAAGGAGGAUCUGAGAAAGAUCGCCAUCUGAAAACGAAUUGACACGUUCUUGAGGAUAAGUCCUCAAGGAGUACUUCGCUACCUAUUCUGGGCCCUUGUGCACUAUACGUCGGGCGCACUGUUCUGCGACAUAUACAUAUACAUGCGAUGUCUACCACAUAAACUCGCUUGUAAGCAGUUUCGAACUUUCGAAUGCAUGCUUGUUUUUUACGCUUAUUAUGUGAAUGAGAUUUGC